AUGAAGAAAUUCUUGUCAACAUUAACACAUGAACCAACAGGAAUGCCGCUGAGAAGCAAAGCAAAAAUUUGCGGCAGCACAGAACUCCACGGACCCUUGUGGAAAACAGGGGUCCGUGAAGUAAGCUUCGAGCAUUUUUUGGCGUAUGGAUGGCAAUGAACGAUUUCAUUGAAAAGCCAUUGGAUGGAGUUCUGCAAGUGACGGGAGGCAAAGAGAGAGAACAAUACUUAUGUCAAUAUACUGAAUAGAAUAACUUUGUUUCACAGCCCUCAUACAGUCUUGGCACUGAAGUAUUUGCCCAGCUGAGAGUUGGCUGGAGUUCUGCACGUGGCAGGAGGGUGAAAGAGUAAAAAAAUACACCACUACUGUUAUCCUGCACAUCACAUCUUUACCAAAAUCAAUCCUCAAAUAAGCCCACCAAUUUUCAUUGCAAAAAUUGACAAUUUCUGAUAACAAAACAUUCUAGAAAGGUGCUCUUCCUCCAAUUAUUAACAAAAGGAUAGCAGAGGGACCCCCUAGCAGAAGAUCCUGAUCACACCCUUGUCGAUUCAAAGCAGCCUCAUGCUGUUUAAGUCUUUCGAUUUUAACUGGCAUCCUAAUAAUGGUGAUUACAGUUUAUGAAUUUCAAAAAUAUAAUCCACAUUGUCACUAAGAACAGCUCUAGCAAUGGGAGGCCCACCUCUCAGAUUGGGCAAAGUGAUUCAUUGUGUUAACAGCGUGUUUCCCAACAAGGACUUGCCAAAGGCUAGAGAGAGUAAUGCACUACAUAUAUGCUUGUAAAUGCAAAAAGUGACAAAGACCUCUCGGUUUAAGAUGCAGGAUAGUGCAUAAUCCAUCCUUCCCAUAUCUUGGAACAAGUCCUCAUAGAAAGAUCUCUCCGACCUUCUUGCAGACCUUUGCUAUGGCCUUUUGAGAUUACGUGUCUUCUUCCUCCUCAGGAGUUUUUUUUUUUUGUUAUCCCUUUUGUUUUCCUUAUAUUUUUCUUUUUAAGCAACUACAUCAAGCUGUCUUUUCCCAUGAGUUACAUGGGAGGAUCUCAUAUAUCAUGUGUGCUAGUCUAAAUUUAUUGCUAACUGUCAUAACUGCCUGAUGAAUUUAUUGGCAUAUUGUUUAAUAUGUUUAAUAAUACAGUUUUAGGAGUGGUUGGUAGACAAACACAAGAUAGCAUUGAUGCAUUUCAGAAUUUCUGUGGAAUAGCUAUCCGUGAAAACUAA